UUUAAAGUUUGAGGUUUUACUUCUUUAUAUUUCCUCUCUUUUUACAAUAAAUUUCAUCAAUGGCAUCUACUAAAGUUAAAGUUCCCACCAUAGAAUUUUGCAAUCAUGAAGAGCUAAAGCCAAACACACCACUAUGGGAAUCCACAAAAAUUCAAGUUUUUGAAGCCUUUCAAAAAUUUGGUUGUUUUGAAGCAAUAUAUAAUAAAGUUCCAAAUGAAAUUAUAGAGGCCAUGUUUGAUACGUCAAAAGAAAUUUUUGAAUUUCCAUUGGUGUCAAAAUUGAAAGAAUAUAGAGAGAAACCUUAUCAUAUUUAUGAAGGACAAAUUCCACGUGUACCAUUUUAUGAUAGUGUUGGCACUGUUGAUUUUCUCCUCCCUAAUAGUGUUGAAACUUUAGCUAAUACCAUAUGGCCUCAUGGAAACCCUAACUAUUGCAAUGUGGCGAAAUCCUACUACAAGCCACUUAUGGAAUUGGAUGAAAUGGUGAAAAGGAUGAUUUGGGAGAGUCUUGGACUAAAAAAUUACAUUGAUGAAUUUUUGGAGCCUAAUUUUUACUUGCUGAGAUUUACAAAUUAUAAGGCAAUUAAAGGUGAAGAUGGAAUUAAACCAGGAUUAGGUCCCCACACAGAUGGUGGUAGCAUCACUAUAAUUAAACAAAAUCAAAUUGGAUUGCAAGUUCUCAACAACAAAAAUGGAGAGUGGAUUGAGCUCAAUAAUACUUCACCAAAUUCCUAUGUUGUUUUAUCAGCAGAUUCUUUCAUGGCAUGGACAAAUGAUAGAUUACAAUCUGCUAUGCAUAGGGUAGAGAUGCACGAAGACAAAGAUAGAUUCUCUAUUCAAUUAUUUUCAGCACCAAGGCCAGAUUAUCUUAUAGAGGUCCCAAAAGAAUUGGUGGAUGAAGAACACCCUUUACUCUACAAGUCUUUUAAAAUGGUUGAAUAUUAUGAAUAUAUUAUGUCAGGUGCUAAAAAUGGAUAUGGUCUCAAGAAUUAUUAUGGUCUUUAAAAAUUUGGUAGCUAUCAGAAAUUAUUUGUGGUUGUUUGGACGGUAGUUAUGAUUUCAUAACGUAUCAUAUUAUGUUGUAUUUUAUUGUAUUUUCUCUCUUUUUUCUUUAAUAAAUUUCAUCAAUGGAAUCUACCGGUUUCCUAAGUUAUU